AUGAUAUCCCACCUCCUCGGCCACCCCCUCCGCUUCACAAUCUCCACCCUCAAAAUAACCUGCCUCGCCCACCUCGCCCUCUCCCACGCCCUCCAGGUCUCCCCCGCCCAGGGCCCCUCCAUGCUGCCCACCUUCACCGUCGACGGCGACUGGAUCGCCGCCGACAUGACAUACCGCCUCGGCCGCGGCGUCAAGGUCGGCGACCUCGUCCUCUACAAGAUCCCCAUCUUCGCCACCCAAAACGGCGUCAAGCGCGUCAUCGGCAUGCCCGGCGACUACGUCUCCCUCGGCACUCCAGGCGAGCCGGGCGAGGAGCAGAUGAUCCAGGUUCCCGAGGGCCAUUGCUGGAUUGUUGGCGAUAACCUCCCCGCCUCGCGAGACUCGAGGCAAUUCGGCCCCUUGCCACUCGCCUUGAUCCAGGGCAAGAUCAUAGGCAAGAUACUGCCCUGGAAAGACCGCCAAUGGGCAAAAGAUGGUCUCGAAAAAGUAGACCCCUGA